GGGAGCCCUUUUCGUUCUGCGCCUGCGCAUUUCAGUUCAACAGCCAGCAUGGAGACAGAAGGGACUUAUGAGCCAGGCUUUGUAGGGAUUCGCUUCUGCCAGGAAUGCAACAACAUGUUAUACCCCAAGGAAGACAAAGAGAACCGGAUCCUUCUCUAUGCGUGCCGGAAUUGCGACUACCAACAAGAAGCGGACAAUAGCUGCAUCUACGUCAAUAAGAUCACCCAUGAAGUCGAUGAAUUAACCCAGAUCAUCGCCGACGUUUCCCAAGACCCGACUCUGCCGCGAACAGAAGACCAUCCCUGUCAGAAAUGCGGCCACAAGGAAGCGGUGUUUUUCCAGUCGCACAGUGCAAGGGCUGAGGAUGCCAUGCGGCUGUAUUACGUCUGCACUGCUCCGCACUGCGGUCACCGUUGGACGGAGUAAAACAUUCCUGUCUUGGAAGCAGAACGAUCCUUUUAUCUACUCCCUUUUCUCUCCUUACUCCUCUUUCUCGGACUUACUGCCUACUUUGUUGUUUUACCCUAAGAAUAAAAAUACUUUAUUUUCUAU